UUACUAGUCCUGUAUUAACAGGCCUUUACUAGUCCUGUAUUAACAGGCCUUUACUAGUCCUGUAAUAACAGGCGUUUACUAGUCCUGUAUUAACAGACCUUUACUAGUCCUGUAUUAACAGACCUAUACUAGUCCUGUAUUAACAUACCUUUACUAGUCCUGUAUUAACAGACCUUUACUAGUCCUGUAUUAACAGACCUUUACUAGUCCUGUAUUAACAGGCCUUUACUAGUCCUGUAUUAACAUACCUUUACUAGUCCUGUAUUAACAGGCCUUUACUAGUCCUGUAUUAACAGACCUUUACUAGUCCUGUAUUAACAGACCUUUACUAGUCCUGUAUUAACAGACCUUUACUAGUCCUGUAUUAGCAGACCUAUACUAGUCCUGUAUUAACAGACCUUUACUAGUCCUAUAUUAACAGACCUAUACUAGUCCUGUAUUAACAGACCUUUACUAGUCCUGUAUUAACACGCCUUUACUAGUCCUGUAUUAACAGACCUUUACUAGUCCUGUACUAACAGGCCUAUACAGAUGUCUGUUGAUGGAAAAGAAUUGCACCACCCCCACCCUCGAUCUAUGUGUGCGUGUGUCUCUGUGUUAUAAAACUACUGUUACACACGCCUCUUGGAGGGGGGGAACGCCACACCCUGCUACACUCAACUCCCUGUGGAGUGAAAGAGAUAUGUGAUUGUAGGUAAGGAUGACAGAGGCAGAGAAUAUUACCGUUUACAGGGAAUUUAUUCUUCCUUUACACAGUAAUUCGGGGAAAAGGGACUGGAUGGAACAAAGAAACAAAGAAAGUUAAAGAGCCCCCUCUCCUACACACUUACUUAUUCUUAACGCCUCCUGGCGCGCUAACCACAAUACCGGGGGUGGCCUGCCCAGGUCUUACCUAGUGGCAUAGACAGAGUACGUUCCACGGGUACAUGUAUGGCCACAGGUUUUUCCCUAAACACUCCCAAGGUGCCUUCCCCUCCCCCUGGGAACAAAAACAGAAUAAUUACUCAUGUAAAGGGAACAAUUUCAAUAAUGAAAAACACUGAGUCCUAUUGGCACAGACAUAACUCAGAAGUAGCGGCUACAAAUACUUCCAACAAAACUGUCUCUGAGUCACAACCAACACAGGACAUCCAAUAAGCUCUCUCUCCUAACAAAGGUACUCUGGCUUUUCAAGCUGCCGGCAGGAGUCGGUAAUUGCCGACAGCUGUAUCCCCUAACAAGAGGGCGGGAUCAAUGCUCCGAUCUGCAAUGGGGCUGACCAAUCAGCUGCUUGGUGGAAUCCAGGAAGCCAUUUCCUGAAAUACACACAUACAUAUACACAAACCCACAACACAGAAACUGGGGAAUAUAACAAUACAUUCAUGCUGUACCAUGCCAUGUCUAUUUCUCUGUGUUAUCAUUAAGGUUGCAAAACUAACAACUUUACCAGAAUCUUCAGCAGGGUAGCCGCCCCGGCUACCGAAAGGUUGCAAGUUCGAAUCCCUGAGCUGACAAGGUACAAAUCUGUCGUUCUGCCCCUGAACAGGCAGUUAACCCACUGUUCCUAGGCCGUCAUUGAAAAUAAGAAUUUGUUCUUAACUGACUUGCCUAGUAAAAUAAAGGUAAAAAAAAUAAAAAUAAUAAAAAUAAAUAAUAAUAAUAAUAAUAAUAAUUGUGGUAAUUAACUGAAAAUCUAUAGUAAUCUAUCGUAACUUUGGUAUUUUAUACUUGAAUAACUUAAGAAAAUGUAUUCAUAUAUAGUAUUAAUUUAUUAUAUCCGUGUCCAUAUUGUUCAUGAGUUUCUAGUAGACAGACCAUAUGGUUCAUGAGUUUCUAGUAGACAGACCAUAUGGUUCAUGAGUUUCUAGUAGACAGACCAUAUGGUUCAAGAGAAAAUGGCCUAAUUAAUGACAAAAGCAUCUAAUCAACAAUGGCAUUAUUUUUUAUUAACUCAGCAACUUUUCAAACUAUUGACUUUAUUCACAACUACCACCAGUUUGACACCAAAACAUUGACAACAAAUAUAUAGUGACAUAGUCAAAUAAAUCAAAGUUUAUCAAAAAUAAAUAUGAAGAAUAUUUCAUGCUGAAACCCUAAUGUUGAACAGCAGUGAUAUUCACUAAGUUGACAGUUUAUAUUUAGGAUGUUUUACAGUUUUGUCAUUGUAUAUCUUAUUUUAAAAUCAUCUUAUUUAUUUAUUUCAUAUAUUUGACAUAAAAUCCUUGAAAGAUAUCAAAACUCUGGGAGUUUACUGGUAAACUUUGAACGUUUUCAGUGAUAUACCUUCCUUAUGCAACCUUAGUUAUCAUAUCCUGUCUCCACGCUCGGAACCUGUGAAAAUAGGACACUAACUUCCUGAUGAAUCAUUAACUUAAACGUUGAAAGUGCUCUCUGUGGGAUCCAAACCUGUUGGAACAGCUAUAACAUCUAUCACUAUCUAAGGACAAAACAUCCAACUUCCUCCACUCCAACCCUCUCUUAACUUGGACUCGUAAAGGGAUUGAGGAAAGAUACAAAUGAAGGAAUUAUGGGUAUUAUGUCAAAAUGAGCUUCUGCUUCCAGCAUGUGCCUUCAUACAUGCGUAGUUGUUGUGAAUUUGUUAGAUUACUUGUUAUAUAUUACUGCAUUGUCGGAACUAGAAGCACAAGCAUUUUGCUACACUCGCAUUAACUAACCAUGUGUAUGUGACAAAUACAAUUUGAAGUCAACAGAGACAUUGGCACUCCUUUAGCUUUACUGUGGAGUGUUAUACAAGUGGCUAGUACAGUUGAUAUUUACUAUCACACUUGUCUUCUCUCUCUCUCAUUCUGUGGGUGUGUGGGUAUGUGGGUGAGUGGGUAUGUGGGUGUGUGGGUGAGUGGGUGUGUGCGUAUGUGGGUAUGUGGGUGUGUGGGUAUGUGGGUGAGUGGGUGUGCAUUAGUUAACAUCUGUAUCCUCCUCAGAUCUGUAUCCUCCUCAAAGAUGGCUACCUUCGCUAACCACUCAACCAAUGAGAGCAGCGGGCACAGCUGGCGCUGUCAAUUCAAGGAGGACUUCAAGUACAUCCUGCUUCCUGUCAGCUACACCCUGGUGUUCGUGAUUGGCCUAGCCCUGAAUAUCACGGCCAUGUACGUGAUCCUGUUCCGUACAAAACGCUGGAAGCCCUCCACGGUGUACAUGUUCAACCUGACAGUGUGCGACACCCUCUACAUCCUCACCCUACCCUUCCUAAUCUACUACUACGCCGACGAGAACGACUGGCCCUUCAGCGAACCGUUCUGCAAACUCAUCCGCUUCCUGUUCUACGCUAACCUCUACGGUUCCAUCCUGUUCCUGUGCUGCAUCAGCCUGCACCGCUUCCUGGGUGUGUGCUACCCGAUGAGGUCACUGAGCUGGGUCAGCUCCCGGAGAGCCCGGCUGGUGUCUGUGGCGGUGUGGGCGUGUGUGUUGAUGUGCCAGGCUCCCGUGCUCUACUUCUCACGCACCAGGGACGAGGGGACAGAGAGGGUGUGUUUCGACACAUCCAGUCCAGAGUUAUUUCAUGACUUCCUGGUGUACAGCUCGGUGGUGUCUGUCCUGAUGUUUGCCUUCCCUUUCAUGGUGGUGAUGGUGUGCUAUGGACUGAUGGUGAGGAAGCUUCUGGAGCCCACCUGGGGGGCAGGAGGGAGCCAGUCGAGGGGAGUCGGGGGGCUCGCUGCUCAUCGCUCCAAACACAAGUCUGUGAAGAUGAUAAUCAUCGUGUUAGCAGUGUUCAUGCUGUGUUUCCUACCCUUCCACCUGACCAGAAGUCUGUACUACUCCCUCAGAUACAUGGAGCAGAUGGAUCCCUCCCAGGUGAGCUGUGAGCUGCUGCAGGUGUCCAGCAUGGCCUAUAAGGUGACACGCCCCUUGGCCAGCGCCAACAGCUGUGUGGAUCCCAUCCUCUACUUCAUGGCUGGACAGGGUUUCCGUAGCAACUUCACUCACAGAAGCAGGGCAUCACAAAUGAAACCAGGAAGUGUGACGGGGGCACUCUCAACGCAGCUCUGACCGACAUGAAGAUCAAUCUAUUAUCUGAAUAGCUAUGGAACACAUUGUGUAUUCCAUUGGAAUGGAGAGAACACAGUUGGACAAAGACACUGGAUGGAUGAUUUGACCACGCUGGUCAUUUAUGAACAUUUAAACAUCUUGGCCAUGUUCUGUUAUAAUCUCCACCCGGCACAGCCAGAAGAGGACUGGCCACCCCACAUAGCCUGGUUCCUCUCUAGGUUUCUUCCUAGGUUUUGGUCUUUCUAGGGAGUUUUUCCCAGCCACCGUGCUUCUACACCUGCAUUACCUGCUGUUUGUGCUUUUAGGCUGGGUUUCUGUACAGCACUUUGAGACAUCAGCUGAUGUAAGAAGGUCUAUAUAAACACAUUUGAUUUGAUGACUGGCUCCUUUGAACUGAAUAUCAUUAUCCGAUACGGAUCGGAUGACCCAUAGAGAUCCUACUAUUCCUAAUUCUAUGGGAUGACGACUGUUUGAAAGAGAAUGAACGGUGUCAAACAAAGUGGGCAUAUUUUAUUGAAUGUUUUAUCCCUGACUGGUAAAUAACGGGAGAUUUCACAUACAAUACAAAUACCAGACUUAUUACUUGAAAGUGAGAGGGGUAUACUGUAACUCAUUGAUUGAAAUCUGACUUAGCUUCCUUAGCUAACGGCAGAGAGAAAUACACUGAUUGAUGCUGACAGUGUAGAGAGCAUAUAUGCUGUAAAAACAUGAUAGUGAUGUUAGUGAUAUUCUAAUCACUAUUGUAAUCACAAUAGACAGUUAUUAUAUAUUUAGGGGCCACUGAUUGUAGUGUAUCUAACAAACCUAUCUUCAGAAAUGCAUACACCACACACAGACUGUAAGUCAGUCUGAAGAGGACCUCCUCUUGAGAGCUGUCAGAGAAAGAGGUUCAGGCCCAGGCAUGACUUGGACAGGUUCUAGGGUGUGUCUGGAAAAUCAUUAAUUAACAUCCCAAAGACACACAGAUGGUGCUGGAUAUAAUCCAGAUAGUUUUAUAGAAGCAACACAGGCUCACUGCUGGCACGACUACAAAUUACAGAGAAAAAAACUCAUGCUUAAACAAAGCUACCUGUAAUUUACCAAAGUUACCAGAAUCUUCAGUAAUUUUGGUAAUUAACAAAAAAUCUAUAGCAAUCUAUCAUAACUUUGGUCAUUUAUACUUGAAUAACUUAAUUUUUUUGAUUCAUAUAUAGUAUUAUUUUUUAUAUACAGUACCAGUCAAAAGUUUAGAACACCUACUCAUUCAAGGGGUUUUCUUUAUUUCUACAGGGUAGAAUAAUAGUGAAGACAUCAAAACUAUGAAAUAACACAUAUGGGAAUCAUGUAGCAACCAAAAAAAUGUUAAACAAAUUAAACAAAAUCCAACAAA